AACAAGCUUUGUGUUUUCCUCUUUUGAAUUUUCUCAUCCCGCCUUUAUCUGCAUUAUGAUCUUCAAGAUGAUGAGGAUGCUUGGUUUAGGAUACUCUGGCUCGCCAAAACCGGUUCGGAUCGUUGUGGUUGGUGAGAAGGGAACUGGGAAAACAAGUUUGAUCAUCGCUGCAUUAAAUGAAUCUUCUCAACCUCAGCCAAACAUACCCCCUGUGUUACCUUACACCACUUUCCCUUCGGAAUGGUUCCGUGACCCUAUUCCUGCUACCAUCAUUGACACUUCUUCAAAACCGGAAGAUAGAGCAAAGGUCGUUAAGGAAGUGAAAGAAGCAGAUGCAAUUGUUUUGACGUUUGUAGUCGAUAUAGCAGAGACUUUGGACCGUUUAAGUGAAUAUUGGCUUCCUCUGUUUCGACAACUAGAGGUGAGAGUCCCUAUCAUAAUCGCAGGUUGUAGCGUUACCAAUAGAGAGUAUCAUAAUCAAAGCGGUAUGGAAAUAAUAACAACAUCUAUAAGGGAACAAUAUCUAGAGAUCGAGACAUGUUUCGACUGGUCUGCUCAUCAUAUUGCUCGAAAAGUGUUUUGGUAUGCGCAACAUGCUGUUACUAACCCUGUCGGACCAAUAUAUGAUAAAGAAACCAGUUCAUUGAAGCCUCGUUGUGUUGCUGCAUUAACUCGUGUAUAUGUACUCUCUACACGUGACACUGAUUUCAUUCUCAAUGAAGCCGGGUUAAACAAUAUUCAGGCUCAAUGCUGCUAUGAACCACUGACACCUUCUCAAAGUAGAGGACUAAUAGACUUUGUGCAAGAACGGUCUCCACUAGGAGUUGAUGAAAACGGAAUCACAAUAGAAGGUUUCUUGUUUAUAAACAAAUACCUUGUGGAACAAGGAAGGAUCAGACAGGUAUGGAAUAUACUCAGAAAAUUCGGGUAUAACAAUGAGUUAAGACUCGCAGAUGAUAUGAUUCCAUAUUCAUCAUUCAAACGCAUGUCUGAUCAGAGUGUUGAGCUGUCUGAUGAAGCUAUUGGUUUCUUAAGGGGAGUCUAUAAGAAUUUGGAUGAACACAGUGGUAAUAACUUGGGACCUCAAAUGAUUGGAUUUGUCUUUCAAAUUUCACCUGAAAAUCCAUGGAGCAUAGCUCCUUAUAAAGAUGCGUCAGAGAAAACUGAUGAUGGAGGAUUGUCACUUGAAGCUUUCCUCUCACUGUGGAAUUUGCUGACACUAAUAGAUCCAGCUAGGAGUCUUGAAUGUUUGAUAUGUCUAUGUUAUCCAUCUUCAGCAGUUCGCAUUACUAGGAGAAGAGCAAUAGACCGCAAGGAGCAGAACUCUGACAGAAGAGUUUUUCAGUGUUUUGUCUUUGGCCCCAAGAAUGCUGGAAAAUCUGCAUUGCUCAAUCGAUUUAUCGGAAGGCCAUAUGAUGAUGACAACAACAAUGGAUCAAAUGAGGAACGUUAUGCUGUUAAUAUGGUUGACAACGAUGGUGUAACUGGAGAUGUAAAGAAAACUCUGGUGUUGAAGGAAAUUCAAAUGCAAGAAGAUGGAUUCUUACCAUCAAAUGAAGCGUUGGGAGCUUGUGAUGUAGCUAUCUUCCUUUACGAUUCUUCUGAUGAGUCUUCAUGGAAGAGAGCCAUUGAUCUGCUUGUUAAGGUUGCAACCGCUAGUGAAGACGCUGGUCUAGAGUUUCCUUGCCUAAUGGUUGCAGCUAAAACUGAUCUUGAUUCAUUCCCAGAGGCAAAUCAAGAAGCUACUAGAGCCACACAAGAUAUAGGGAUUGAAGCUCCAAUACCAAUAAGUUCCAAAAUGGGAGAUUUGGAUAACUUGUUUCCAAAGAUAUUAACCGCGGCUGAGCAUCCUCAUUUAUGUAUUCCAGAGAUUAAGUCGAAGAAGAAAAGGAGUCGCAAGCUAAUGAAAAGAUCUCUAAUGGUGGUUUCAAUUGGGACAGGGGCUGUGAUCGUUGGGCUGGUGUCAUUCCGUCUGUAUGCCGCAAGAAAGCAGAGAUAA